CUUUUGUCCACAUCUCCCCCGCCCCCCAGACCUGAGCAGUCCUCUUCCUGCCUGGUGCUCAUCCCUCCUCCACAUGCUGCGGCUGAUCCAUGGCUGUGGGUUCUUGCCGGUGGGCUCCCACCCUUUGUCUCCAUCUCAUCUCCAUGCAGAGGAAUUGUAGGAUUAGCGAAGCAUGUGGCGGAUCCGCUGAGGAACAUGCUUGAGCCCGUGAGCUCCACGGAGGGCCGCGGGCUUCAUUUGCAUUCAUUCAUGGCAGGGAUAACCUUAAUCAGACCACCACCUUCUCUUCGAUCGCCAGUCAUCGGAGCUCCUGGUAGUAUAACCAGUCAUGGCACUAGGAGGCUGCCUCCGUCUAGAAUUUCCAUGUCUUUCCGAAGUCAUCAUCAAGGGAAGAAAGUACCACCUAAUUUUGGUCUGCGGGUAGUGCAUACUCCUGCGCCUAUGCCUGUUCUUGGCAAUUCAAGCAGAACAUUGAGGGGACCGAAGAAGAACAAUGUACAUUAUCACAUCCCCAGAGAAACCAUCGAUGGCUUCACCAGAGAAUUCUUGAACAUUGCCGCCCUCGUGCAAGGCGCAUUCUGCGGAUUAUCUGGAGGGGAAAAGAGCAUUGUCUUUGUCACAAGAGCAAUGUUUGACAGUCUCGUUCAGCGAGUCAUGGGCCUUUUUGCGCUUGCACAGUACCAAAUAUGGCGCUUUGGUUGGCUCGUGUCGUUUAUUAUAGACAAAGACAGACUGUUGAGUCAACUUUCAUUCUGCAUUAUCCAUUUCCUCUUGGAGCUAAUAUUGAGAGAGGGCUUCACAACGAUUAGUUUUGGAAUGUGGGGAUCAACACUUAACAAGUGUGGGACUGAUGUAACAAAAUUGGCAAAGGAGGGGAAGUUUGACCCUGUUAUCGGUAGGGAAAAACAGAUCGAUCAAGUUGUGCAAAUUUUGAGCAGACGGAGUAAGAACAGCCCCUGCCUGAUUGGUGACCCCGGUGUUGGAAAAACAGCAAUAGUGGAAGGCCUUGCUCAGCUCAUUGCCAAGGGAGAUGUUCCUGAAACAAUAAAAGGGAAAAAGGUUAUCUCCGUUGAUAUGGCAGGCCUUCUUGCUGGACAAGUAUACCAUGGACAAUUUGAAGCAAGAGUAAAGAAUCUCUUGCGAGAGGUCAAACGGUCUGGCAAAAUAAUACUCUUCAUUGACGAAGUUCACACGCUAGUAGGAGCAGGAACAAACAAAGGGAGUGACGUUGCUAAUGUUUUUAAGCCAGCAUUAGCGCGUUAGGUUUUGGCAAACCAG